AUGAAUCCUGGAGCAGGAGUACCACCGUUUGAUCCGGACGACACGACCAACGUUAGUUCGAGGUGGAAAAAGUGGAAGCGAGCAUUUGAAAUAAUUUUAGACGUGAAUAAUGUGGCGCUUACCUCAAGAAAAAAGGCAUAUCUCCUGCAUUAUGCUGGUAAAGGUGUGCAGGACAUUUACGACAGUUUGGUGGGAAACGAAGAGCAGGAAGUACCGGUUGGAUCAGACGCGUACAAGGAGGCUGUUAAUGUGUUGGAUAAGCACUUUUUGCCCAUGAAGUGCUUGCCUCAGGAACGUCACAUAUUCCGGAAUUUGCAGCAAGAAUCUGAUGAAAAGAUUUCGAAAUUCGUACUGCGUUUAAGGGAGCAAGGUAACCUAUGCGAAUAUGGAGAUUGGCUCGAUGAGAAUAUAAAAGAACAAAUUUUCGAAAAAGGAUCAUCGAAUGAACUUCGUGCAAAAAUAUUAACGAAACCAGGAAUGACGUUGGAGGAGAUCAUCAAAGAAGGGCGUUCUCUAGAGACGAUUGAGAAAGUCAGUUGCCAGUUGCAGUUGCAGCAAUCAGUAGAUAUUAACAAACUUACAACUUACAAAAACGAGUGUUUCCGUUGUGGACGAAUAGGACAUUUUGCCAACGAUGAUUGUUGUCCUGCAAAAGAUAAAAAGUGUGAAAAGUGUGGUCUGAUUGGGCAUUUCCGGCGAUGCUGUAAGACGAAGGAACGUGAGGCAGUGAAUGAUCGUAACAAGAGAAAACAUCGGCGUGUUCGUCAAGUUGGAGAAGAAGCUUCAGGUGGAAGUGAGAGCAUUUGUGAUUCGGAUGAUAGUGGCAGUGGAAUUGUAGAUCCGCAAGAUGAUGUUAAAUAUGUUUUUGCUGCUAGUACGGAUGACACGCAAGGUGAUAAAGUAGUUUGCAGUGUGGGGGGUGUAAAAAUCAAUUGGAUCGUUGAUUCUGGAGCCGGAGUGAAUGUGAUUGAUAGCAACACUUGGUCUUAUUUGAAGAAACUCAAAAUAAACGUUCUUUCUCAAUCCAAAGACUCCACGCGAACCCUGAAGGCGUACGGAAACAACAACUUGCAAGUCAUCGGUGAAUUUACGGCUAACAUCGCAACCAAGUAUAACAAUGUGGUUGCUGAAGUAUUCGUUGUGAAGAACAAAGGGGCAAGUCUGCUGAGUCGUGAUACAGCCACCCAAUUGCAGAUUCUCAAAAUCGAUACAAACGUGUGGAUUGUGAAUGAGAAUAACAAAAUAGGAAAAGUAGCAGGCUUUGAAGUUUCGCUUCAAAUUGACGAUAAAGUGAAGCCAGUUCAACAUACGAAAUGUCAUGUUCCAAUUCCGUUGCAGGAAAAAGUACAAAGUGAGAUAGAUCAUCUGCUCGAACAGGAUAUAAUCGAAACAGCUCCGAGAGAUUCCCCAUGGAUAUCUCGCCUAGUUAUUAGUCCAAAGGCUGGUGAUCCAGUGAGUGUUCGGUUGUGCGUGGACAUGAGAGCCGCUAAUAAAGCUAUCGUUCCACAGCACUACCCACUUCCUACCUUUGAUGACAUUGUACCUCAUUUGCAUAAUUGCAAAUGGUUUUCUAAAAUAGAUUUAACCAAGGCCUUCCAUCAAGUAGUUUUGGCGAAGGAAUGCAGAUUCAUCACUACGUUUGCUACUCACCAGGGAUACUAUCGUUACAAAAGGUUGACCUUCGGGAUGAAUUGCGCAUCUGAAGUAUUUCAAAGUAUUAUCGAGCGUGUUUUGAAAGGAAUAAAGUGCGUUCGAGUGUUCAUCGACGAUAUAGUCGUGUUUGGCCCUACGAAACAACAACAUGACGACACUCUGCGUGACGUAAUGAAUCGUUUGAAGGAGUUUGGACUUACUAUCAAUCACAAGAAAUGCGAGCUAGGAAGAUCAGAGGUAGUUUUUAUGGGACAUAUUCUUUCGGCGGACGGAAUCAGGCUGAAAGUCGCUUUGGAGAAGCAUCACUUUUGGCAAUUAUAG